AUGCUACAAACGUAUGUGAGGCAUGCGAAAGGUUCGAACGAGCCGGGUCACGAGUCCUUCGUGCACCGGCAGUUUCGCUUGCCCCAUCCCCGACGUGCACCAGAUGUACAGCGUAGCGUGUGUGUCCUUAGCCUUGCCUGUUCCUUGUUUCUUGGACUCAGGGGAUUUCGUCAGGCUUUGCGUUCCACCGCCGAAGAACCUGCAGCUUCGCUUCCUGCACACCCUGCAGGCGAACCAGGCGCGAGCAGCUUUCCGAGUGUUACAAGUCAGACGAUGGAAGAGGAGAUGAGGGUCUCCGCCCCGAAGAUGGCUGUUCUUGGGUGUCAUCCAAGUUCCCCUGAAUGGAAAUUCGGGGAAGUCGAUCCCCAGCAGUACACCCACAACUCAUUGUGCGUUGACAUGUUCUCAGAGCCCAAGCCCGGAGAUCGCUUGGACCAUGAAGCAGCCGAGGUAUCAAAAGCCGAUCGGGCAAUGGGAGGAGUGCGUUUAGGAGAAGUUCGAAUGAUGACGAACAGCAGGUCGCAUCAACGCAUGCGUGACAGACAAGUUCUGCGUGGUCGGGCAGCAGGUAAUCUGUCACGCCGUCUUCGCUGGACGAAAGAGGCGGGCCUUCUGCGCUUCCAUGGUUUCCUCCGACUGAUGCGUUGGGUUAUCGAAAGCGACUUCGCCGAAAUGAACGCGCAGCUUGCGGAGUGA